CUCGCCGCAGCGGCAGCGACGACCGGUGCCGAAGACCUCGCCGUACCCGAGGUGCUGAUGUGUCAGCGUUGCCAAGAACAGUUCACCGAGCUGCGGGAGUACCUGACGCACAAAGGCGAGUGCGACAAGAAGGCCAUCAAGCACGACGAUCCCGCGCAUUCCGACCCCGAGGACAUGGUAGUGUCGGGGGACGAGGAAGACGAAGACGAUACUGGAGGCAAGAGGUUGGAGAGGAUGCGAAGGCACAGACAGGACGCCGCCAACAAUAACAGCGUGGACGAGAGCUCGCCGGAGGAAAAUCGAAUCAAUUUUCCGUUUCCCUUACCCAUGGCUCCCGGUCACGUCACUUUAGAAGCCCUACAAAACACCAAAGUCGCCGUAGCCCAGUUCGCUGCCACGGCGAUGGCGAACAACCCCGACAACGAAGUAGCUUUCCAAGAACUAGCCGUCUUGCAAUCGACAUUGUUCACUCUACAACACCAGCAAGUUCUCCAGCUUCAACUAAUCAACCAGCUCCAACACCAGCUUCAAAUAGACAGGAGCAAAGAAGACGAACAGAAUGAUGGAUCUUCACCACCUUCAGAAAACGAGAACGAACCUGAAAAUUCUCCCGUUCGAUCACCUGUUCACUCUCCACCACCAAAAACAAUCUCCAGAGAACCGUCUCCAGCGUGUACAACACCUGCACCCAUAAGUCAACCCGUCAUUAUGGCAGAACCCCAACCGGAAGCCAACAUAAACACACCCAGCAUACCUUCACAAAUUCAACCUCCAAUGUGUUCGAUAUCCUCAUCACUCGCAUCGACUAUAAUCACACACAGCAACGAUAUCCCCUUACACGAAGAACCGAAUACUCUGGAAAUGCUCCAGAAACGAGCUCAGGAAGUGUUGGAUAACGCCAGUCAAGGACUGUUAGCUACGAACUUAGCUGACGAGCUGGCUUUUAGGAAGAGCAAAGGAUCAAUGUCUCCCUACGACUCAAAGGGACGAAAUGAACCGUUCUUUAAGCAUCGUUGUCGGUAUUGUGGUAAAGUGUUCGGUUCGGAUUCGGCUUUACAGAUACAUAUUCGUUCUCAUACGGGAGAGAGACCUUAUAAGUGUAACGUGUGCGGUAGCAGAUUUACCACGAAGGGUAACUUGAAAGUACAUUUCCAAAGACACAGUGCGAAGUUUCCACAUAUCAAAAUGAACCCGAAUCCUGUGCCGGAGCACCUGGAUAAAUAUCAUCCUCCACUCUUAGCCCAGUUAGGACAACAAUCACUCUCACCGGGAGGACCACCACAUCCGCCUCAUCUAAGCUUUCCUCCAGGAAGUCAUCCGUUUCCUCCCACGAGUUUACCCCUGUAUCGACCUCCCGUGCCUCCUCCACCGGAACUAAUCAACAGUCGAUUACAGCCUUCACCUCACACGCCUCCUCACAGACUGUUUCCACCUCAUCCGUUGUUUAUCAAGAGGGAAGAACAGGAAGCACCGGCAGAUUUGAGAAAACCACAACGAUCUCCUUCUCCAGUUCGGGAGAACAUGGCUUGUAAAAGUGAACCAGAGUGUGAAGAACCCAAACAAGAUAACGAGGAACCUCGGAAAGAGGAAAUGUCGAAUAUGACACCGAAACAAGAACCUAACGAUCAGGAACACGAUCAUGAGAAUGAACCUGAACGGUAUGGUUCUCCCAAUACAUAUGAUGAUUGUAGUAAUCAGAGCAAGUUUAGUAAUGAAGAAGAACAAAGGAGUCCGGAUAAUCAUUCAGAAAUCAUGCAAGAUGAGCCGGAGAAUCUCUCUAAUCGCUCUAACUCUAUCACAGCUCCUCUGAGUAUAUCAACUGGUCAACGGAUGCCAGCUACUUUUUCUCUGGGUCAUACCAGUUCACCUCCUAGCAGCACCUCGUCAGGAAGUUUAGGACAUUUUCCAACUACUCCCAUUCCAGAUAUAACGAAAGACCCAGCAAUAUACACGAACUUGUUACCACGACCUGGUAGCAACGACAACUCGUGGGAAAGCCUAAUUGAAAUUACAAAGACCUCAGAAACCAGCAAGCUCCAACAGUUGGUGGACAACAUAGAGCAUAAACUUUCAGAUCCGAACCAGUGUGUAAUAUGUCAUCGGGUGUUAUCGUGCAAGAGUGCUCUCCAGAUGCAUUACAGGACUCACACAGGAGAGAGGCCGUUUAAGUGUAAGAUUUGCGGAAGGGCUUUUACCACGAAGGGUAACUUGAAGACUCACAUGGGAGUGCAUAGAGCGAAACCUCCGAUGAGGGUGUUGCAUCAAUGUCCGGUGUGUCAUAAAAAGUUCACGAACGCUUUAGUUUUACAGCAACAUAUCCGCCUGCAUACUGGCGAACCCACUGAUCUCACUCCUGAGCAAAUUCAGGCAGCGGAAGUUAAGGACUUUCCGUCUCCUGGAGGAUUUCCUGGACUACCUGGUUCGAUUCAUCCGUUUCUUGAACCUGGGUUUUCGGUACCGGGUCUGUCUCCGUUAGGAAAUGCUGGAUUGUUUGGGAUGAAGUUUGAUAAAGACGGUAGAUCGGAGCACGAGAGUAUGGAUGAUGAUGACGAUGAUGAUGAUGACAUGAGUACGAACACGGAUAAUCAAAUUAUGCCUCAGUUUUCUUCUUCGCCUUCUGGAUUGAAUCAUCCGAUUAAUCCCAGUACUUCUAUGUCAUCGCAGUUCAAUAAUAGUGAUCUACAUUGUUCUACGGAAGAUUUGAGUUCAGCGAGAGUGAUGAUGUCCCCUCCCAAUAUGCAGAAUGGGGAGAAGUCUCCAAAUCGGUCAGUGACCAGCCCUGAAAGUGCUGAAAUGCAGUCUCCGCAGAAUAAUAGGAUGACUGCCACACCCGUCCAGAUUCCUAGGCCACCUUCCUCACAACAAGCCAGUAGUCCAACGCUGUCCGAGUGCAACUCAAUGGGAGCGUUGGACCUCACGCCCAAACAGAACCAAAAUCAAAAUCAGCCAGUCGCGAGUCCAAGUCCUGGACCUCCACCAUCUUUGUUCUCGGCCUUUGGACUUCUUCCUCCGGUUACCCAGAACGCCACACCGCUCAUGACCUCGGCAUUAUCCUCAUUGACGUCAUCGGUGUUGACGUCCACGUCAUUCAGUCCUCUGAGGUUAGCUGUGGGACCUGGAGCAAGUCUAGGACGUGGUAACACCACCUGUAGCCUUUGCUUCAAGACGUUUGCGUGCAAUUCAGCUUUGGAGAUACAUUACAGGAGUCACACGAAAGAACGGCCAUUUAAAUGUACCGUGUGUGAUAGAGGUUUCUCCACAAAGGAUAGUUGCGAGUGCGACAAAAAGAGGCGUAUCCAGGAGGAUGCGAAGCCCUGGAGCGCUCGAUUCAGAAAACCUCCACCUCGCUCCAUCCCUACAGAAUUCCCUUUACCGAUGAGUCCGGGAUACGCCUCCUCCUGGAUGCUCCUGGCGGGCAACAUGAAACAGCACAUGCUGACGCAUAAAAUCAGAGACAUGCCACAGCACAUGUUCGAAAAUAAGACUCCUUCACUAAGCGGUGACGAUUCAACACCUCUGCCACCGAAUUUACCUCUGAGAGAACAUUCAAAUGAUAGCGAACAACAACAAAUGCAACAACAACAAGUCCAACAACAACAGCAGCAACAGCAGCAGAUGCAACAGCAGCAACAGCAACCGCCUCAACAGAUUCAAAUGCCUCCUGUUUCGCAGCCGCAUAUGCCCCAUCAUCAUCAAGGGCCGCAACAGGAUCAGAAGGAUCAGGCUCAGAUCAAGAGGGAACCGACAGAGACGGAGUUGCCUUUACCUAAAAGACCACCAAGCUUGCAAUCCAACAAGCACCUGUGCCCGGUGUGCAAUAAGAACUUCUCGUCCAGCUCGGCGCUGCAGAUCCACAUGCGGACGCACACGGGGGACAAGCCCUUCCGGUGCACGGUGUGCCAGAAGGCGUUCACCACCAAGGGCAACUUGAAGGUUCACAUGGGUACGCAUAUGUGGAGCAACGGAGCCUCGCGCAGAGGGCGGCGCAUGUCCCUCGACCUGCCGCCCAUCCCCAUGACGCCCAAGGAUUCAGAAUUUCUCCAGCGGAGGCCAGACCUCUUCUACCCGUACCUCCCGGCACCAUUCCUUAACGGCAUGCAACAAAAGCUGAACGAGAUGUCCUCAGUGGGCCCGCCACCUCACCCCCCGAACGGCCUCGCGCCAUCUCCCAAGUUUGGCGGCGGCCUGCUCGGCUUCGGCUACCCUCCGCCAGAGGUCGUCGGCCGUCCCUCCUCUCAGCACGCACCACCAUCGCCUGAACGUGCCCCCGAUCGGCCGCCGAGCGAACCCGAAGCGCGGGCGCUCGUUCCGCCACCCUCCGCAGCGGCGCUGUGGGACUUGCACUUCGACCGGAAGGCGGCCGAGGCUGCCCCGAGGGAUGAAUUGGUCAUGGCCGCCGCGUCCAGGGAAGGACUGGCCGCUUGAAGUGGUCCUGGGAAAUUCGGAGAACGUGUUCGAUGAUAUGGGAUAUGAGCGCGACGGACCUGUUCCUAUUAUUCGGCUAGUCUUAAUACGGCAAGGAGUUUUUUUUUCUGGCUUUUUAUUAAAGUUAUACUCAGUAGUUUUUUCUUCAAACGUCCUUUUUAUGGACAGGGUGUCCUAUUUUGAAUAAAAUACGAUUUCUCUGUUAUUAGUGAAGAUAUUGGGAUCCUGUAAACAAAAUUUGCAUAGCCUUUUUCGCUUCUGUGCUACAGGAUAUUUUUGAAAGUGUUGCAGUUUGGCACACACCCCACGUAUCUCCGAUAUUCUGAAAGGAUGUCGAAAAUGUGAAAAGCUAUUAUGAAAGAUAUGAUGAAAAAAAUGUUUCUAGUAGAACUUAUUUCGUGUACCUAAUACACAGUGAUUAAGCUUGACCGAGAUAUUUUAGGAAACAAAAAUAAAUUAAUUAUAAAUAUACACAGGGUGAGUAUGAAAUAAGUGCAAAUAUUUUUAGGGGUAUGGAAACUUUGUUUACAGUAACUUCCAUUUGACAAAAAGUAGGAUAGGUUUGUGUAGACCGCAUCAACCUAUUUUCACUAAUAACGGAGAUACUGUAUGAUUUCAACUAAAAUGGGAUACCCUGUACAAACUUAAAAAAAUUGGCAAUUCUUCUGCAAACUUACGGCUUUGUUAAGCAUAAUAUAAACGAGAAAAAGGCUUCUGAAAGAUUGGUUUGGUUGCCAUUUAAAUGCAAGGGCGGUGCCACUGUACAAAAAAACUUUGUUUUUUAGAUUUCUAUUUCAGUGAAAAAAUACCCAGACAGGUAUAGACGUUAUUCAACUUACUAACAAUUUUACUACGAAGUUAAGUUUUUUCGACGUUUGAAGAGAAAAAAAUAGGUUUUAUUUGGAGUAAAACAAUCUUCUAGCAAUCCUGAAUCUCAUAUUGUCGUAAGUUAUAUAAAUAUACAGACUUACAUACUAAAAUGAAUGUUUACACCAAAUAAAAUUACUUAAUAUUUUAGGAGUGUCUUUAAGAGUAAAUUGCAUUUUUAUGGGGUAAAGACUGUUUUUAUUUAUACCCUGUAUAAUUAUUUACGUCGCACAUUCCAGGAGUGAAUUCUUAACCAAAUUAUUUUCAAUUAUAGAUACAACUUAGAUAUAAAAUUUUCACAAUUUCUAAAAUCAUGAUACACAUUUUGUUAUUCAUAAUAGAAAAAAAUACACAAGUAUAUUGUUAGCAAAGUUUAUAACAUCUAAUGCAUCAACUUUUAGUAAGCAAUUAACAUGUCAUUCCCUCAGUGACUUGAAGAAAUACAGCUCAUUAAAAUAAUUUAUGAUAAUUAUUGGUACAAUUUUUAACUCAGAUGAAUAAAUAUAUAGUAUUCUAGUGGUUUAUAAUGAACUAAAAAAUGGUUUUUUUUUAUGACGCAAAUUUAAAGACUUACUUCAGUAAUACGUAAUUUAUAUUUACUUUUUACUAAAGUAUUAAAAGCCAGUAUUAUUUUAAUUUGAACCAUACUGAAGUAAGUCUUUUAAAUGUCUCUCAAAAUACCUGUAGAUAUGUCUUAAAAAAAUAGAGAAGCUAAAAUUAUAAAUCUUUAUUAUAUACAGAAAAGACCAGGCUACUAGUAACAUAGCAAG